AUGUCUCAAUUUCGAAUGAGGAAAAUGACAAAACCCAAGACGAAAAAAGUAAGACGGAGAGUGAAACGCAAUUUGAACCAACUCAAACAAAUAUUGUUGAACUGCGACCCAGGGUUGCUUACGAUUAAAAGGGACGGGCCAAGGCAAGGAAAAAUGGAAAAAGUCGAUAUUUUAGAAAUGACGAUAGAUCAUCUCAAACAACUAACCAGGAAAAUCGAAGACAAGUGCGAAAACAACAGAAUAGCCAACAGGGAUGCGGACUGUGAGUGUGUUUCGGAAAAACAAAAACACGAGAAAAAAUUGGAAAUAUGGAGGCCAUGGUUAUCCGAAACUACGAAACAAUACCCUAGUAGCCCAACACACGUGAUUAACGUGUAUCUUUGGUUGCCUGCGCAAUUCGAAAUAACUGACCGACCCAAGACGGAUAGCUUUACUUUGUCUAAUAAACUGUACAAACAAAGACAACAUCAACAAGUGAAAGCCAAAGAUAACUAG